UUUUCAGCUUGGGUCAAUACCUGGAGCAAGUAUGAGAGUAAUCUUAUGGCUUGCUUUUCUGGUCCAAGCUAGAGCGGACAUCUACAGUUGUGGUGGUUUUGUGAAGUCUAGUGUUCCCAUCGAUUAUUCUAAAAUCCAGGUCAAGCUUCUGACUCCAGAGGGUCAUUUGAAGCACGAAGAGGAAUGCAAUCCACAGAACGGAUACUACAUGAUUCCCAUCUAUAACAAGGGUCAAUAUUCCCUAAAAGUGUCUGCACCAGAGGGCUGGUACUUUGAACCAGAAACUGUUGACUUCAAGCUGGAUGGUGUGAGCGACCCUUGCACUAAGAAUCUAGAUAUAAAUUUUGUUCUAACAGGUUUUUCUAUACAUGGCGUAGUUGACGGCGGAUCAGGCAGUGGUCCGGCAGGUCUUUCAUUGACCCUCAAACAAGACGGAAAGGUGAUUGAUACUGCAACGACCACUGAAGGAGGAAAAUACUCUUUCAAAGCCGUGGCAGGAAAGUACGAGGUUUCCACGGGUGCAGAUUCAUCAGUAUGUAUCAGUCAUGGAAAGGCGACAGUUGAGGUCAAAAAUGCACCGGUUCUUGUCAAGCCAGACCUUCGCAUUGCUGGCUACCAAUUUUCCGCAUCUGUACUGAAUGAAAAUAGGCCCUUGCCUGGAGUCAAAAUUAGUCUUUACUCGGAAUCAAAACCUGAGCAGCUUGCGAACUGUGAAGCUUUGAAGACACCCGUUGAUGGCAUGAAAAAUGCAAAGUUUGUGUGUCUGAUUGGAUCCACCUCCGAGAAAGGACAAAUUGUGGUUCCAUGUUUGCCAUCAGGUUUCUAUCUUGCUAAAGCAGAUUAUAAGGAUGGUGAGACGGAGUUUAUCUUCUCGCCAGCGGUGCAGAAGGUUGAGGUGAAGGAUCGUGCCACUAAGGUCUCCUUCUCUGUUGCUGGAUUCACUGCUAGAGGACGAGUUGUUGUCGGUAAGAGGGGAAUUGCUGGAGCUGAUGUUCUCGUAGGGGGAAAGAAAGUGGCGAAGACUGAUUCUGAUGGGUACUAUACUCUCAGCGACCUCAAGGAGGGUCCUAUCGAAGUCACCGCGCAAGCACCGCAUACUUCAUUCAGUGUGGAGAAAUGCAAUCUGAAGUUGCCUCACAUUAAAAUUGAGGAUGUCAAAGUUGAAGGUUUCGAAGUAUGUGGGAGUGUGGAGAAGUCGCCAUCGGAACAAAUUGCUUCAUCGCUCAUAUUGAAACGUGUUGACAACUCUGACACUUUAUCUAUUCGACCAGGAGUAGAUGGGAAAUUUUGCAAAAUGGUCGCACCAGCCAGAUACACGAUUUCGCCUGCGGAUGCUUCGUCAACGUUAACUCCGCGAUCUCUGGACAUUGACACAACAGCAAAAUUCGUUCAUGAUCUCCGCUUCACUCAUUUCAAGACUGACGCCGUUGUUUUGGUUACUUGUAUAGGCUCAUGUGAGACCCUUUCUAUCUCGUUGUUGCAUGGAAAUACUGUAGUGGACACAGUGCGAGGGAAAGACGAAUCUGUUUUCAGGAAUAUCGGUCCAGGAAAGUACAGAGUUCGCAUUGACGAAGGUGACAAAGCUUGUUGGGAACAACGUGAACUUCCACUCAUAAUCGAGAAGGUACAACCUCAGCCAGUGCAUUUCGUGCAGAGCGGCUUCGCUACUAGCAUUCGAUUGAGUCACCCUGCGCAGCUGAAAUGGACGCACAGUGAUAAGAAACAGUUGAAAGGUGACAUCAAAGCGCCCGCGGGACAAUCAUCUUUCUGUGUACCCGUCCAAGGACGAUAUCAUGUGCAAUUGGUCUCUUGCAUGAAUUUUGAUCCUCAGCAGUUCGACAUAAAUGUUGCUUCUGACCAAGUAUAUGAAGCUAAAGCCAUGGACGCAAAAAUUACUGGCACGAUAAAAAGCACAGAUGGCAGCGGAUUCGUCGUCAAAGUCAAAUCCGGCGCUGGAGAGCGUGAUGUCUCUGUAAGCUCUAACGGGAAGUUCUCCUUCUAUGAGCCGAUCACAUCUAGUGGAGACGUCAUACUCACGCCUUCAUCUGCCACUCAUCUUUUUGAUCCAUCAAGUUUUUCGUUGCGAUUCAGAGGAGAUUGUGUUGAAAAUGUUGUGGAAUUCGUUGCAACCAAGGGUAUCUUCAUUGACGGGUCUAUAACACCACCUGUUGCUGGAGUCAAGAUUAUUGCCAAGCACAAACAGGAUUCCAGUGUUUACUUCGAGACCACUUCUGACGAAAAAGGAAAGUACAGGAUUGGCCCUGUGCGACGGGCAGAAGACAUGAAAAUAUCUGCAGAACUCGAUGGAUACACUUUCAAUGAGAAGGCUGGUCUUGUAGGCCAGCUAACUAGCACCAAGUUGAGCAAGCUCACUGUCGUUGUGUCAGAUAUUGCUACAUCAGAACGACUGGAAGACGUGUUGCUAUCCAUAGUUGGCGGAAAGGAUUAUCGUAGUAACAGUAUGAUUGACAAAACUGGAGAGAUUAAUUUUGUUGGUUUGGCUCCGGGAGAGUACUUCUUACGCGCGAUUCUGCAAGAAUAUAAAUUCGAGCCAUCAACUACGACAAUCGUUGUGAAGGAAGGACAGCAUGAGCAUGUCGAGCUGAGAGGGAAGCGCGUGUCGUUCAGUGUCUUUGGUCGCAUAAGAGAGAUGUCUGGUUCUGCUGUUGUUGGUGUGAUUGUGGAAGCUCUCUCGGAGCAAUGCGAUCAGCAUCAGUCUGAAGCAACAACUACGCAGGACGGCUCCUAUCGUAUACGGGGCUUGAAACCAGACUGUCAAUAUAAGGUGUCAAUCAAAGCAGGAGCAGAUGGCGCAGCACCUCCGCACUGCUACCCUUCUCAAUUUGGAGUUCGAAUGACCGCUGAAGAUCUGAAAGGACUCGAUAUGGUUGCAGCUCCAUACGAUAUGAGUACGGAUUUGGCUGUUGAGAUGGAGUUUGGAACAAUGAGUAUACCUGCAUCAUACCGAGUCUCCGUACAACGAGAAGGCGAGACGAUCACACAGUCUGUGGUACACGCCCCGGUUACUGUGUUCUACUUGAAUAACCUACCUCGCGAUGGAAGAGAGUAUUCUGUGAGAGUCGAACCAGAUCGACAAUACCAGACAUUCCCAGCGAAGACAGUAUUCUUUACCACGGAUGCACCAGUACGGGUGGUUCGUAUACCAAUUACAUCGUCCAAACGAUCUGGUGAAGUGGAGAUUAGCGCUGGAUCGUUACUAGCCCUGCCAUUCUUUGGACUUUUGGCUCUGAUCUUCUUCAACCAGGGCCGAUCUUGGGAACUGUUUCGUUCCUUCCUCUCAAUCGUCCGUCCAGCAAGUCCUUCUAUGGAACGAAAAAAGAGGAAAUAGAGAAGUAUUCGACUCCAUUCUCUCGAUAUGUUUGUCCUGGACCAUCCAUGAUUUUUGACAGCCUUAACCAACACACGCACGAGUUGUCCGCUAGUUGUACGUAUGUCGUUGCAAAUAACUUAUACUAAUCACUGAUUUUCUGUGAUUUUAUGACUAGUUUUUUCACCCUUCUAAAUU